CAAAAAAAAAUCUCCCCUCCCUAACCCUCCCCUCUCCCCCAACACACAUGGCUAAAUCUCCUCCACCUCCACCUCCACCUCUUCUUCUUCCACUCCUCUCCCAAUGUCCACCCCGCCCCCGAGCACCCCCGCUUACCUCACCAACCUCGGCCUCGGCUACGCCAUCGCCGUCGCCCUCGGGUUCCUCGUCCUCCUCUCCACCAUCCUCCUCGCCUCUAUCUCUGCUGCCGCUCACCGCUCCCAAGCCCAUAACUACAACAACCACCACAACCACCGCGACAGCCACCACAACAACAACAACCCCAAUGAUGGCAUCAUCCUGCCCCGCAUAAUCUUCGUGGCCGAGGACGACGAGGACGAGGAGCAAUUGCGUGACGAGAAUGUCGUUGGGCUUGACCAGAGCGUCAUCAACUCCUACCCCAAGUUCCCGUACUUUCGUGGGGAUGGGAAUAUGGGUAGCAAUAGCACGACGUGCUCGAUCUGCUUGUGCGAGUACAAGGAGUCGGAGAUGCUGAGGAUGAUGCCCGAGUGCCGGCACUACUUCCACUUGUGCUGCCUCGACGCCUGGCUGAAGCUGAACGGCUCGUGCCCGGUUUGCAGGAACUCGCCGCUGCCGACCCCGCUGUCCACGCCGCUCUCGGAGGUCGUUCCGCUCUCGCAGUACGCCGCGGAUCGGAGGCGGAGGAGGUGAUAAGAUUUGUGGGUUUUUCUUUUUGGGUUUUUUUUUCUCCGUUUCUUCUUGGGUGGUGGUGGGUGGUUUGGGGUUUUGCCGUUUGAUGUGUUUGUUUGGUUGCCCAGAAAAAUGUAUAAAUAUUUUUGGAUAGAUAGGUAUUGGGGUUUCUGUUUUUUGCCGAAUUAUGGUUUGUGUUUGAUGAAAUUAGAGCAGAAAAAGUAUCUUCAUCUUAUGAAACA